UCAGAUUUAAAAGACAAGUUUGCUAAUUGAGAUCAUGUGGUGUGUCAACUCAAAACAUGCCAACAAUACUCAAAACCAGCUUUUUCCUUAAGCACUUUUCCUACUGUAGCGUUUCGCGUUGUAAGAUCCACUGCUCAUAUCUGUCCACUCAAGCUUGUUCAAAACCCCAAAGCGUGUCCAAAAGCAGAAAAGCCAGCAGCUUUCUUGUUUACUGUAAUUCCCAGAUCACCCAAAACGGAAGAAAUGGUGAUAUCAAACAAGCCGAAUCAAUAUUCAAUCGCAUGCCCGAGAAAAACACUAUUUCCUGGACUGCUAUGCUCACUGCAUAUGCCGAAAACGGCCAAACUUCCAAAGCACGUAAACUGUUCGAUGAAAUUCCCCAACGAAACAUAGCAUCGUAUAAUGCGAUGAUCACGGCUUAUAUUAGAAAUAAGUAUAUGGUAGGUGAAGCUUUUGAGUUGUUUUCUGGGAUGCCGGAGCGCAAUGAGGUGUCUUAUAGUGCCAUGAUCACGGGUUUUGUAAAGGCGGGGAUGUUUGACAAGGCUGAGAAGCUUUACUGCGAAAUGCCAGUUAGGUGGCGGGAACCAGUUUGUUCAAAUGUUUUGAUAAAUGGGUAUUUGAAGGUUGGAAGAACUGAAGACGCAGUUCGAGUUUUUGAGGGUAUGAUAAAUAGCAAUGUGGUUUCUCAGAGCUGUAUGGUUGAUGGGUAUUGCAAAAUGGGAAGGAUUAUUGAUGCUAGAAAUUUGUUUGAUCAGAUGCUGGAGAGGAAUGUGGUUACUUGGACAGCACUGAUUGAUGGCUAUAUGAAGAUGGGAAUUUUUGAAGCCGGGUUUGAAUUGUUCUUGGAUAUGAGUAGGGAAGGGCUAGUGAAGGUCAAUAGCACUACAAUGGCUGUACUGUUUGAAGCUUGUGGCAGCUUUGAUAGAUAUCAAGAAGGGAUUCAGAUGCACGGGUUAGUUUCUCGUAAGGGGUUUGACUAUGAUGUCUUUUUAGGAAAUUCUGUUAUCAUUAUGUAUUGUAGAUUUGGAUGUAUGAAUGAAGCUUCUAAGGUAUUUAAUAUGAUGAACAAGAAAGAUGUAGUUUCCUGGAAUUCCUUAAUUGCGGGUUAUGUUCAAUGUGCUGAAACUGAAGAAGCUUUUAGAUUGUUUGAGGUGAUGCCUGCAAAGGAUAUAUUCUCGUGGACGACCAUGUUAUCGGGAUUCUCCUGCAAAGGGAUGACUGAGAAAGCCAUGGAGUUGUUCAAAAUGAUGCCUGAGAAGGAUGAUGUUGCUUGGACUGCCGUAAUUUCGGGUUUUGUAAAUAAUGGGCAAUAUGAAGAGGCUCUCAUUUGGUUUAUUCAGAUGCGUCGAGAGGAAAUCAGGAUCAAUCCCCUUACUUUGAGCAGUGCACUCAGUGCUUCUGCCAGUUUGGCCAGUAUAAACGAGGGGAUGCAGAUCCAUGCUCUUUCAUUUAAGAUGGAUAUGGAGUUUGAAUUAUCCGUUCAAAAUUCUCUGGUCUCUAUGUAUUCAAAGUGUGGGAACACUGUUGAUGCCAAUCAUAUCUUCAGAAGUAUCACUUCGCCCAAUACUGUUUCAUUCAACUCAUUGAUUACAGGGUUUGCGCAAAAUGGGUUUGGGAAAGAAGCUCUUAACUUAUUUCGGAGCAUGCAGAAUGAAGAUUGCGAGCCAAACCAAAUCACCUUUCUGGGUGUUCUUUCAGCCUGCGUCCACAUGGGACUAGUAGAAGAAGGAUGGCAGUAUUUUAAUUCGAUGAAAUUGGAACACAAUAUAGAACCAGGACCGGAUCACUACGCUUGCAUGGUUGAUCUCCUUGGUCGAGCUGGUUUGCUACAUGAAGCUGUCGAUUUGAUUCAUUCAAUGCCGUUUGAGCCCCAUACCGGGGUUUGGGGAGCUCUUCUUAGUGCUAGCAGGACUCAUUUAUGUCUUGAUCUUGCACAGCUUGCAACUCGAAAGCUAAUCAGAUUGGAGCCUGAUGACGCGACCCCUUAUGUGGUCUUGUCUAAUUUAUAUUCUACUUUAGGGAAAAUGAAGGAUGGAAACCAAGUGAUGAUGACCAAAAAAUCAAGGGGGAUAAGGAAGAGUCCAGGCUGCAGCUGGAUUACAGUGAAGGACAAGGUUCAUUUGUUUCUUGCAGGAGAUCAAUCCCAUUUGGACUCGCAAGCAAUUAAAGGAUUACUCUCGAUCAUAUCAAUGGAAAUGGGACAGCUACAUUUUUAUAGAUGAUAAUUCUAUGAAAUUUUCUAUGUAUUCGUCUUCUCAAUCAUCAAGGUGUUGGGAUCCUUCCGCUGUUAUGUACUUAAGUAAUUAUACUACGAGGCCUUGUUCGGACGGAAACCAUUGUUCGUCGGAGAUUUGAGUAGAAGCUGUUGCUUAUUUGCCUAAA